AGAAAAUGCGGAAGUACCGUAAGAUUGCCGCGUGUGUGGAUUGAGUUUGUUUACACGUGUCUGAGCUGAGUCUCUGAGCUGUUGGAGUAACAAUGCCUUCAGUUCAGUAUCUGAGAGAGUUUAUCAACGAGCGGCUAACUGCUGCUGCUGAAGAAAUAUUCACAGAGUUUGAAAAAACGAUCGUCCAGUACGAGGAAGAGAUCGACCGUCAGCGCAGACUGCUGGAUAUCACCUGGAAACCUGAGAUAAAGCUGCACAGGACAGACCUCCCACAGCAACAUAUGUGUAAGGAGGAGGAGGAGGUGAUCACUGAUCAGCAGCUCUGUAACCAGAAGAGGCACUCCAGUCUGGACCAGGAGGAACCAGAACCUCCACAGACUAAAGAAGAACAGGAGGAACUCUGCAGCAUUCAGGAGGGAGAGCAGUUUGGAUUGAAGGAGGAGACCGAUACCUUUAUGGUGACUUCAACUUAUGAGGAAAAUGACCACAGACCAAACAGGGAGCAUCUUCUCUCUGACAGCUCUGCUGUAGCUGAGAGCCAAAAUCCACAAGUAACCAAGAAAGUAGAUUCCAGAUCAACUGGAAAUAGAACCCAAAAUCGCAACAAUGCAGAAGACCCUCCUAUGUCAGAGACCCAGUGUAACUCUGGCAAAAGUAAAAAGUUUUUAAAAUGUGAUAUUUGUGGAAAAGCCUUUAAGUAUAAUUGUCAAAUGAAAAUACAUUCUAGAAUUCACACAGGCGAGAAGCCGUUUUCUUGCAAAAUGUGCGGGAAAAUGUUCAUAUGUCGUAGUUCGUUAUCGAAGCACACAAGAGCUCACACUGGUGAGAAACCAUAUUUGUGUACAACAUGUGGGAAAAUGUUUGGAUAUAAUAGUGAUUUACUGAGUCACAUGAUAAUUCAUACAGGUGAGAAGCCAUAUCCUUGUAAAACAUGUGGGAAAAUGUUUGGUUAUCGUAGUUCAUUAAUGAAGCACUUGAGAAGUCACACAGGUGUGAAACCAUAUCAUUGUCAAACAUGUGGGAAAAAGUUCAGCCGUAGCUGUCAGUUAUCAGAGCACACAAGAAUUCACACAGGGGAGAAGCCGUAUCGUUGUAAAACUUGUGGGAAGGCAUUCGGACGUCGUAGUCGUUUAUCUGAACACAUAAGAACUCACACAGGGGAGAAGCCAUGUUGUUAAAAUGCUGGGAAAAUGCUCAAAUCUAGUUAUUUGUUUUACCACAUGAAAAGUCACACAGAUGCGUACUCUCAAUGUGAGAUUAAUGGUUCAGGGAUAACCUCCUGCCACCUAUUGGUAGGCAAGGCAAAAAUUUAUUUCACUUUAAUUUCACUUAACUUUGCUUUGCAACAAACUAAAGCAGUCCUUUUACCAGGCUGUGGGACAGUAAAUUUUAAUGGUUAAAUUGAGCCAGUUUAAAGUUUCAUAACCCUAAUGUGCAGCCAUCACCUUAGAAAUAACCAACACUGUAGUGAGCAACAAAAUAGCCAUCCAUUUUCUUCCGCUUAUUCCAGGCCUAGUCGCGGGGGCAGCGUCCGCAUCACUGCAGACGCAGCCCCGAUCCUUCUAUCAAUCUUCCAUCACUGGUGAACAAGAUCCUGAGAUACUUGAACUCCUCCACCUGAGGUAGCAACUUGACCCUGAGGGCACUCCACCCUUUUCUGGCUGAGGACCAUGGCCUCAGACUUAGAAGUGCUAAUUUUCAUGCCAGCCACUUCACACUCGACUGCGAGCUGGAGGGCACCACCUGAUGAAGCCAACAGGACCACAUCGUCUGCAAACAGAAAGAUUAGAUUCUUUGUCUUUUACUCUUUGCCUGGCCCCUUACCCAGGACAGUUUUCCCAUGGGAAACCCUACCAGGGGCCCAAGCCCCCGGAUAACAUAUCUCCUGGGAUUACUGGGGCACAUAAACCCCUCCGCCACAAUAAGAUGGCGAUUCACGGAGAAGAACAAUGUACCAAUUAACUUAAAUUAAAAUGUUUAUUUUAAUGCUCUAAAUGACCAGAUUAACAAUUUUAAUUUUGUGCCGAAGGAGAGGAGAAUUCACUCAGACCUUGAAGCAGAAAGCCUGGCUUAAAAGAAAAACUUUAUAUCCACUGUCAUGUUAAAAUUGUCUCUGACUGGGAAUUUAGGUUUUAUCGAGUAAGGUAAGGCAAACGAAGACUGGCUGUGUUGAACUUUGUUCAUAGAAUACCCCUUAGGUCAGAAUUCAUAGUCUUUUAUAGAGAAAAUGGUGUCUGGGAAGGCAAGCCUGAAAAAAGAGAGUUAAUAAAGGUUCAGAUUAGAGCUUUUAGAGUUAAAUUCUUCUCGCCUGUGUUCUAGUUAGUUACAUGUAACAAUGUGUGAGGUCAGCCUAACCUCUUACCCUGUCAGACUGCAUAGUGAUGAAGUUUUGAGUUUUUUUGCUCUGUCUCAGAAACUAACUACUGUGUUGUUGAAUUAAAGUUAGUAAUUUACUAUUGUGAUAUAAAAGAACAAUGCAUAGGAGUUAUUUGUAUUUUAUCUGUCCAAAACUGCCAAAUCAAACAUGUGGUGCUGCCCACUUUGGUGACCUCUUGUGAAUAAGAGAGCAUCCUAAUGUCACUGCUUCACCCUGGGCAGGCUACCAGUGUAACACAGGGCUAACACAUAGACAGAAAACCCAUUCACACUCACAUCUGUGGUCCAUAUAGAAUCGUCAUUUAGAACAACAUGCAUAUCUGUGGACUGAGGGGAAGCUGGAGUACCCAGAGAGAACACACACAGACACAGGAAGAUCUCCACACAGAAAUGUGUGCGAGGUCAUGUUUGUAAAUGAGAACUGGUUCUUAAAUUUUACCUGAUAAAUGGGCUAGCUCUUAUAUAGCGCUUUUCUACUCAGUCUGAGCACUCAAAGCGCUUAUACAACACGUUUGCAUUUACCCAUGCACACAAGCACUUCCAUGCUUUUAUUAUCUAACAUUCAC